AUGCGUCGUUUCGCCCCAUGGGCUGUUGUGUAUAUUCUGGUGUGCGGUGUCCUGUGGGUAAGAUCUCAAUACACAGCCACCUAUGUUCCAGGUAAUACCACGCUACCUGAAACCUCGGAAGAGGGACAAGCCGGUACGAAUCGUUGUGGUGAGGGAUCCAACGAUCUGUCCAUGUGUCAGAAUUUAUAUUUAAACUCUGCCACGGACUUCUGCCUCUGGGGACCUCAGGGUCCUGAACCUGUGGGGAUUGGAAACUCGGAGCGCGAAGUGGUCAGCUAUUGCACAAAGGCUGGCCGCGGCACGCGUCUGAUCCCACCGGGAACUCUGCGAAGCGUCCACUUUGUCCGCACGCCACAUUAUGUGCAAGUAUCCGGCACUGGUAUUUUUGAAAAUAUCCACAUCUCCAAGGAAGGUGGUGGCGGAGAACUUGAUCCGCACGGUGAAGAUGGCUUAGGAAAUCCCAUUGGCGGCUUGGUCUUUACAAACGCGUUUGGCAAGCUGGCACAGGCGCAUGAAUGGACGAGUUUUAUUGACGAAAAUCAAUUUUGUUUGCGCGUCUGCAAGGAUGGUGACAAGGCAGCUGACUACUGCAAGCAUAUCUAUGAUGAAAUGGGAUGCGAAUUCAACAUGCCCACUGCCCCGGACCAACUUGGCGUCUUUGAAUCUUGUGAAGGACCUGAUGCAGACAUCGUUGGUGUGUACACGAACCAUGGCGUGGUUUCUACUUUCUACCAAGAUCAAACGAAACAUGGCCAAAAACUUCCACCUCCCAAAUCGCCCCAGUCCUUGAGCAAUUGCAGCGCUUUUCCUUCAGGUCUGUUACAGGGAAGUGUGAAACACCCCUAUGCUAAGGCCGCCAUAACAGGCGCUUCGCGUAAGUCUAUGAAGAGCCAGUCCGUUUCCACGUCUUCUUCGUCUUCGACCACGUCUUCCAUGCUCACGUCGACAUCUUCGUCCACCGACUCUUCAAGUCAGAAUCUCUAUCCUCCUAUCAGCUCGAAUUUUUCUAAUAUGUCUCCAACCUCCAGCAUAUCCUCGUCUUCUCCGAGCGCUACAUCCUCUUUUACGUCCGAGACGACAAGCACGCUUUCAUCCGAAUCCAACUCUGAGCAAGUGAGCCCUUUUGGACCUGUUGAUGACGAUGCAGGUGUGGGUAUCCAUCUGACCGCAUCGAUCCCUACAUUUACCGUCUUGCUACUGUCACUCAUAGUGUCGAUUCUUUAA